AUUGUAGGCUCUUUCUCCUUUGCCAUUACCCUCAUUGAAUUUCUUCUUCUCCUUGCCCCGAGGUUAGCAUCGCCAUGUAUUAUCCUUCUUCGAAACUCUGUUCUUUGGAUAUAUUACUCAACACUCGUCAUCUCCAUGAAGCUUCCGCCUCUGGGUCUUGCAAUUCUUUGGUCUGAAAUCGUCUCGGGUUUUCUCCUGGAAUUUGAAUUUAUCUUUCUCUAGGUUAGCGUUUCGUCAAUUUGGGAACUGACCCAAUUUGGGAUUCCAUGGAUACUCUGUUGAGAUCUCCCAACAAGCUCGAAUUCGUCUCCCAGUUUCAUGGGCUUGAGAAAUGCAGUAGUAGUAAUAUUCUGAACCCUUCAAGGGUUAAACUUUGUCAUAAGAAGAGGGGAAUAAAGACUGGUCUUGGUGUUUAUGCUUUGAGUAGAAGUAGAAGUAGCAGUAGCACACUCUUGGACCUUGUUCCUGAAACAAAGAAGGAGAAUCUUGACUUUGAGCUUCCCUUAUACGACCCUUGUAAGAGUCAAGCUGUGGACUUGGCCGUGGUUGGUGGUGGUCCGGCUGGUCUAGCUGUUGCCCAGCAGGUUUCCGAGGCUGGACUCUCGGUUUGCUCGAUUGAUCCAUCUCCAAGGCUCAUAUGGCCUAACAACUAUGGGGUUUGGGUGGAUGAGUUUGAGGCUAUGGACUUGCUUGAUUGCCUUGACACCACCUGGUCUGGUGCUGUUGUCUACGUUGAUGAUCACGUCAAGAAGGAUUUAGGCCGACCUUAUGGGAGAGUUAACCGGAAACUGCUAAAAUCCAAAAUGCUUCAGAAAUGCAUAUCCAAUGGUGUGAAGUUUCACCAGUCUAGAGUUACUAAUGUCAUUCAUGCGGAGUCUAAUUCUACCGUGGUUUGUAGUGAUGGUGUAAAGAUUCAGGCUGCUGUGGUUCUUGAUGCCACGGGAUUCUCCCGUUGCCUUGUUCAGUAUGAUAAGCCGUACAAUCCAGGUUACCAAGUGGCUUAUGGAAUCUUGGCUGAGGUUGACGGCCACCCGUUUGAUGUAGACAAAAUGCUUUUCAUGGACUGGAGAGAUAGCCAUCUUGAAAACUCCCGGGAAUUAAAGGAGAGGAACAGAAAGCUUCCGACGUUCUUGUACGCAAUGCCCUUUUCGUCCAACAGGAUAUUUCUGGAGGAAACUUCUCUUGUCGCUAGACCUGGAUUGCGUAUGGAGGAUAUCCAAGAAAGGAUGGUUGCUAGGCUGAAGCAUCUGGGCAUAAAUGUGAAGAGAGUUGAGGAGGACGAGUACUGCGUGAUCCCGAUGGGAGGCCCAUUGCCUGUCUUGCCUCAACGGGUUGUUGGGAUCGGAGGCACGGCCGGAAUGGUACACCCUUCAACCGGUUACAUGGUGGCUAGGACUCUUGCAGCAGCUCCCAUAGUUGCAAAUGCCAUUGUUCGAAGCCUUGGUUCGGAUAAAACCUUAAGAGGAAAUAAACUCUCUGCUCAAGUGUGGGGAGACUUGUGGCCGAUUGAACGGCGUAGGCAGAGGGAAUUCUUCUGUUUUGGAAUGGAUAUUCUGCUGAAGCUUGACCUAGAUGCUACAAGAAGAUUCUUCGACGCCUUCUUUGACCUGGAACCUCUCUAUUGGCAUGGAUUCUUGUCGUCCCGGCUGUUCCUCCCGGAGCUGUUGUUCUUCGGGCUGUCGCUCUUCUCACACGCUUCCAACACGUCUAGACUUGAGAUCAUGUCCAAGGGAACUGUUCCUUUGGUUAAGAUGGUCAACAACUUGGUACAAGAUAGAGACUGAGGAUCAAAACUGGGAUACUGAUCACACUACACACACACACACACAUAUAUGUGUGUGGCAUUUCAUAGCAUGAUUAUCUUUGGUUAAAUCCAUAGGUUUCUAAGUAAUUGUAUCUGGUAACAUAACAUAAAUCGAGUUUCAUAGCGGUGGUUGUAAAAUGUGGCUAUAUAGUUUGAAUUCCAAUGAUAUUAAAUCUGGACUCGUGAGUUUAGUAUCAUUGGAAUUCAAAUUGUUGCGUCACGUUUGUUUUACAAUCACCGUUAUGAAAUCCACAACAAUUUCUUUGAACUUCCACAGCUCUUUCUUCCCUUGUUUAAGAGCAACGAGGGCGACAGAAGGAGAGAACUAGCCCGAUGAUCCUCAGUACCUCGGAAAGGAAGACUUCUCCGAUCCCGAUGUUCUUCAGUUCUUCUGUCUCCGUCUCCGGGGCUCUGACAAAUCCGGAAGUCAGAUUGUCCCUGGUAUCAUUUCGAAUCUAAUAUAUUCAUCUCUCAAGCAUCCGCCAUGGAGUUGUUAUUGUUGUUGGAAACGUAGCAGAGGGAUUUGUGCACUCUUCCAAAUUUCAUACAAAAUAGAUUCAACUGUUGGUAGUAUUUCCUGUUCCGAAUCCUGACUGCCUGUUGAACAAGUUGGUAGAGCCGAGGAGUGUCCUGUCUUGAUCUCAACUCUCCAUUGAUUGUGUCUGAAUUAUGUCAUUCACUCUGUGUAUGAAUUGGUAGGUGUUUCCAUGGUUAAAGCUGGAAAUGGAGGUGGGUAGUUCA